ACACAGGAAUAGCUUAGCUUGUUUUCAGCCCUAAGGCAACUGUUAAGGAAGGCCGCUCCACCUGAGGCUGACGUCACAACAUGUUGCCCUGGGCCGUGUCACACAUAAAAGUUAAAAACAAGGCUAGCUUAUAAAAAGCGCACGAAGUUGUGUUGAUUUUUAUUGCAAUCUCAGCUCUGCACUAGCUGUUCUAACCAGUUGGAAAAGCAGUUAUUUCAAAAUGCACGUCAUUCAAUUGUCACUUGUUCUUUUGUUUGCGGCCACUGUGUCGGGCAAUGCGUUUGGAUUGUCAGAAGUUUUAUCGUUUAUGAGAUUACGAGCAAAUGCUUGGCCAACACCUCAUUCACCACCAAACUCUAAUGGUACAAGAUUACAAGAUAACACCACUUACUCAUACACUGCAUGGAGCAAUUAUACCACAUGUGACAAAGUUUGUGGUGGUGGGCUUAAAACCAGAAGUAGGAGAUGUUUGGAUGACCAGGGUGUGUCGCAUCACACGACGAUGUGCUGGCAAAGGAGCGAGCCUUUGACCACACAACAAUUGCUUAGAAAUUACCUUCGUCAAACUGUAGAAUCACAAACACAACCAUGUAAUGUAAGAGACUGUGCUGUAUCUGAGUGGAGUGUAUGGGGUGAAUGCAGUCAAUACUGUGGUGGUGGAUGGCAGAAUAGCACAAGAACAUGUUUGGAGUCGGAUGAUCAAGAACAAUGUAAUUUCCAAGAAAUAAGAAGAAGAUCUUGCAAUAAUGGGCCGUGCUUUCAACUCACUCCAUGGGGAGCUUGGGGCAAUUGCACUCGUGUAUGUGGUGCGGGAUUUAAACACAGAUCUCGGCAGUGCGUACCAAAUCUUGCACCGAACUCACCCGGCUAUAACCAUGUUGAAUUUAUCAAGAACAAUUUGAAUUCGGUGCUUGACUCUGGUGUUGGAAACAUUGUCUCUCCAGUUGGCUCGGUUUUAAGCCCAAACGUGAUAUAUGCGUUACAUUAUCUUCAAAUAUGCACUCAACAAACUACUGAUACUGGGUUUUGUAACCAGGUCCCAUGCCCCAGUUGUCCAUUCAACCAGCAAUACUUCACUUGCAAACCAUGUAACCAGGAAUGUAGGAGACAGACAAGUGUUUCAAACACUUUAUCAAUUGACUUAAUGAGAUUUUUUGGUUCAUUAACUGGUUGUUCCAAUGGUUGUGAAGCAGGGUGUGGAUGUCCAGUCCUUACUCCUCAUCUUGGUCAAGAUGGUCGCUGUUAUACCUUUGAAAGCCAAUGUCCAAUCAAUCAAGGAAUUCGCAUCAUAACUAACGGUGCUCGUGGUCAACCCUUUCAAGUCACCAUACCUCCAAUACUCAACUCUCAUUCAACUGUAUUUCACUAUCCAACAAGAACAACAACAACAACAACACCCGCAACAACAACAACAACACCUGCAACAACAACAACAACAACAACUGCUCCAAGCAAACCAACUUGCACUCCUAAUGUUUUAAUAGCUACACGGCCAGGAUAUAUACCUUGUGAUUGUGAUGGGGACUUGGUUGUACAAGCAUGCCAUGCAUUACCAGACACAUCAUGUCCGGUUAUUUGCAGUGUACAGACACUGUCGUGUCCGGCUAUAUCAAAUGUGAGAAAAUCUGAAUGUCCAACUGCAAAUAACUGUGACCGUGACUCUAUGUGUGCCAUUGGAUAUUUAUGCUGUGCUACCUCAUGCGGUAGGCAAUGUGUCAGAGGUAAUGGUCAACUGGGAAAAUAGGCCACAUAGUUAGAACCGUUGGUGUCACUGCAAAGCUUCGUAGUUCUGUAGCUGAUUCAGCAUCGCCUAAUAAACCUGCAUCACGUACUAACAAUGUAUUUAUUUUGAAAUGUAUUACAGCGUUUAUAAAAUUAUAGUACACGCCUUUCAUUGUGCCGACUUAUUUGUUAUAUGUGAAGUAUUCAUGAACAAAUAAAAUUCAAGUA